AUGAUUGUUAACCGGACUACCGAUACUGCUGGACCAGCGACAUUGACAAUCUACUUUCGGGAGAAACAUGGCAACUCGUCGGAUUCCGCAUUUCCUAUAACUCCGGACAUGCAGCCGGGCUCAUCUUUCACCGGGUCGUCAAAGGCACCCGAACCCACUGCCGUAGAAAGCACAGUCAAGAUUGACAUGAAAGGACUUCACUCCGAUGCAAUUCUACAAGAUUUCCUGGCUAAGUCAGGUGCACUCACCGUGUCUCCAACUCCCCAAGAGGUGGCAGAAAUGCGCGACGUGGAAGAACGUGCUGAGCGCGCCAAGGUGGAUCGUGAGGUCAUGGCUAGGUACAUAUUUACAAAGCGGAGGGAGGCCUCGAUUAUUGCACAGGCGAAGAGUGAGGCAGCCGCUAUGAAACAAGCACUGUAA